CGUGAAAGUAGGUCACAGGAAAGUGUGACAGUUAGCUGGUGGACAGAAUCCGAUUGCUUUUUGCAGAUCCACACAUUAUUACAGUGCCACAAUACAACCUGUAGGUGUACGAGGCUUUAACGGUCGCGGUGGUAUCCCUGAAAGACGGGUGCGGAGGCUCCAGGUUGGCAUGUCAAGGCGGAGCAGAAACAGCAGGGCGUGGAGGUACGUGUGGAGUGGAAUAAGACGGGAUGCAGAUGCAAGAGCGCUGGUGCUUGCCUCCGAGAGUGACGAGUGGAGCUACGAUCGACAGCAGUACAGUGACUCUGAUUCUGAAGCCGAGUAUCCUGCCAUUGUUCCGGCGGUCCCCAGUGCGGUGCCGGUGACUGGAGAGUCCUACUGCAGCUGUGAUUCACAGAUGGAGCUCAGCUGUAACCCGCGCCUCAGAGGUUACACACACUUACGGGACUGCCACUGUGGAGAAGAUGACCAAGAUUUUGACUGGGUGUGGGACGAGGGCAGCCGGUCGUCUGCGACGCUGCUGAGCUGUGAGAACAGGAAAGUGAGCUUCCACUCAGAAUACAGCUGUGGGACGGCGGCCAUCCGUGGCUCCAGAGAGCUCUCAGAGGGACAACACUUCUGGGAGAUUAAAAUGACUUCUCCUGUCUACGGCACAGACAUGAUGGUUGGCAUUGGCACCUCAGAUGUGAAUCUGGACAAAUACAGACACACGUUCUGCAGUCUGCUGGGUAAAGAUGAAGACAGCUGGGGUUUGUCUUACACAGGUCUGUUACAUCAUAACGGUGACAAAGUGAGCUUUUCGUCACGUUUCGGACAGGGCUCCAUUAUCGGGGUUCACCUGGACACGUGGCAUGGCACCCUCACGUUCUACAAAAACCGCAAGUGCAUUGGUGUAGCAGCCACAGAGAUGAAGAACAAGCAUGUGUUUCCGAUGGCCUGCUCCACCGCGGCCAAGAGCAGCAUGAAGGUGAUUCGCUCUGUCUCCGCUCCCACGUCCCUCCAGUACCUGUGCUGCUCUCGGCUCCGCAAGCUGCUGCCGUCCGGCGUGGAUGCGCUGCGCGUCCUGCCGCUGCCGCCAGGCCUCAGACACCUGCUCCACUCCAAACUGGGCUGGGUGCUGAGUCUGGAUCACACACACUCACACUCCAGCCCGCACACCCCACCGGGACCCUCGUCAGGCAGUGACUCCGAGGGAUGCUCCUCGGACCCGGAGGCCUGCCAGCGCAAACGCUGCCGCUGGACCUGAGGCUCGGCUCAUGACGCACACUUCCCAAAAAACAGAGACACUCCACAUGUAGAAACACUGGACGUGUGCUGUCAAGUCACAUCAGUGGAGAACGGGAGCCUCCAGGUCAGUCCAGCCUGUUUUACUAGACGCAUCGCUGGUAAAUACUCAUCAUUCAAAGCUCUAAAGGUAGUUCGCAAUAUCAGGAAACCAUUGGGAUAUAUGUAUAUCGCAGUAUUCAUAGUCAGUUUUUAUACUGUCAGAUGAAAGAGAGAAAAUGAGCCUGUUUUAAAACGAGGCAUCUGAAACACACAUGCUGUGUGGAUUCAGAAAUCAAAAAUGCUAAUACGUGACGCUUUACUGAGGGGAAGAAAGACACAAGUUGAGCUGAUCUCCUGUGACCUUUUGUUUUGGGUUUUCUUAAUGACAUAUUCACGUGUCAUUUACGCUUCAUCAAACAUCUCAGCACUUCAAAUCAUUUCCAGUGUAAGUUUCCAACAAUCACUGUAUGUUUUUUACUCUUUAUUUUAUUCCGACAGACAGACAGUAAGCGAGUGAUGUUGUCUACAUAAAUGUGUUUUAAACACCAUUAUGGGCAAAUGAUGAGGAAAACACUUUGUCUUGACAGUCGUUGUCUGUAAGGAUCCCUUUGGGCAAUGGGUGAUGCUCAAAGUGUGUGUGUGUGUGUGUGUGCGUACUUGUUUAUGUGGUUUAUGAGGACAGGGAAUUGUAUAAUGACAUGGGUAUGACUUAAGCCCAGGUCAGAUCACACGAAUUUGUCAUGAUUUCAGCACUGUUUCCUUGAAACAGGGUGUCUUGGUGAGUCGUAAACGACAAAUGGAUGUUGUGACACAAGAUUUAAUCGUUUUUUUUUUCUCGUGUAAUUAUGUGGCGACGUGUGGAUGAAAUUUCUCUGUUUUAUCAGCGGGUGCUGAGGUUUAUGCGCCGGUCAGGUAAUUAAAAAAUAGGCUGCAUAUUUACUUAUGGGUGGGUCACAGGUGGAUAAGAUCAGUCAUAGGCAGGGCCAGACGGAAUCUGUGGACGUUUUUUGCUAUUUCUGCGGAGAAUUUUGGUAAAAAUCUGCGGAUUUCUGCAGAAUUAUUUUGGGAGUAUCCAGCGGAGUAUCAUAACUAAAAUCUUAAUAUAUUAAAUAAAAAGUAAUAAAUUACUGAAUAAAAACUGAAUAAAUUCAGAUUUACACAUUUACUCAAGCAAAUAAACAGAAUUAAUAAUGGGCUAAAAAUCUGCAGAAAAUCUCCGGAAAAUCUGCGGAAUUCUGCACGCGCAGAUUCCGUGUGGGCCUAGUCAUGGGUUAACCAAACUUUAACUACCUUGUCUAAAAUAUGAAUGCUUCUCUAAAACUGUGAAUAUUUAACUUUUAAUUGUAUUUAACAAAGCAACAAAAUCUCACGGCAAUUCGUAUUCUGGCACAUAUUUCAGACUUGUUUUAAAGAGCAUCACCUCAAAUGUUAUUCAUUAUUCUUGUUUAAAGAUAACUGACCAACAAAAGAUGCAUUAAAAUUAAGAUACAAAUGAAAGCAAACGAAAUCCACUACUCCACUGUGCGGGUGGAUGAUUUGUUUCGCUCUGUGGAAAAUAAGGAUUUAAUGAAUGCUUCACUGUAAUUGUAUCACAAUCCUCUGUCAUGUAUUUGUUAAUUUUGUAUAAUGUCAUUAUUUUGAAGAUCAUGUCUUGAGCAUCUGAUUUUUCCUUGCUACUGCCAGUGUGCUUCAUUUUCUCCGUCUCACUCGCGGCAAGUUCAGGCGAAGUGUUUAAUAAGAAACCCAUGGCAGGAAAAUAUACAUGUAGAUUUUAAGAAAUGAUCUUAAUAUUAAAAAUGAAUCAUAAGUAGGGCCAGACGAAAUCUGCGGACGUUUUUUGCUAUUUCUGCUGAGAAUUUUGGUUAAGGUCUGCGGAUUUCUGCAAAUUAUUUUGAGAGUAUCAUAACUAAAACCUUAAUAUAUGAAAUAAAAAAUAAUAUCUUUUAAACUUCUAUUUAAUGUUUAAAAUGCAAAUCCAAUUAGAUUCACUUCAUUUGGUAAAUAAAGCAAGUUUGUCAUAUAAUAUGUCUAGUAAAAAAUCACUGUACAAACAGCAUUGCUCAUAAAUCAGAUGAAUAUUUUCACAUUAGUCAAUAAUAUUACUGAAAUUAAUUAAAAAACUGAAAAAUAUAGAUUUACACACAUUUACUCAAGUAAAUAAACAGAAUUAAUGAUGGGCUAAAAAUCUGCAGAAAAUCUGAGGAAUUCUGCGCGCGCAGAUUUCGGGUGGGCCUAAUCAUAAGUUUAAUCCUACCCAUGUGGUAACGAAUGCCCUUAAAUAAUAUAUUUAUUAGUUGUCAGCAAAAAAUCUAUAUUUAUUGAGAUUGAAAUAAGAUCUGGAAACCAUUGAAAAAAAUAAAAUUUAGAUAAUAAAUAUAAAAAAGGGGGCUGAAUAUGUUUUUGUUUGUUCUUUUUAUAAAGAUUUUUAAAAAUCCACUUGCUCUUAUUAUUACACUGGAUUUAAAGUACACUUUUCAUCAAAAUUAACCAACACAAUCUCACACCAAGUCGUUACUUUUUUAUUUAGUGACUAAUUCGUAUGAAUUCGUCAGAUCUCAUUCGCACAAUUUAGUGCAAUUAGCUCAUCCACCAAUGACGGUUAGGCUUGGGUGCCACGCCUUCUUUUAAAAACUGUACAUUUUCGUACAACUGAACUAGCACGAAUUCAUAUAAAUAAAUCUGCCUUUCUGCUGCACACGACAAGCUACAGCCUCUAAGUCAUUCAUUUCCAAUGGAGAGUAGUCCGGGAGCUGAGUGGAGUUCCGAUCAUCUCCCUAUGCGGAAAAUUCGGAUCCGUUGAAAUACAAAUGCCAUCAAAUAAUGUAGUUAUUAGUUGUCAGCAAGCAUCAAUAUUUAUUGAGGUUGAAAUAAGAUAAAAAAAUGUAAUUGAGAUAAGAAAUAUGGUUAUAGCAACACUUGGGAAAUAACGCUCGUCGUAGACGUCACGGUAUGACUGAUCGUGAAGGAACGUGUAGUCUGGCACAUUUGUUACUCACAACAAGUCAAGAUUUUAUCAAGAAAAAAAAAUCACAUAAUCUGACAUAGUGACUUUCGUAACCGUCAAUAAACAUCAUGUGAUCUGACCGGAGCUUUAGUUUUACUAUAUUACGGUGGUUUAUGAGGACAUGCCUUGUCCUCCUAAUUCAAAAUGCUUAAAAAGCCCACUUAACAGGGUGUUUUCACAUUCAAAAUUUGGUAGAGGCCAUAUAAGAAGCAGUUUUAGUAUGAAAUACAUUACGCCUAUAGAGAGUCCUCAUUAACCAUAUAUACAAGUGUGUGUAUUGUAUGUGUAUUUCCAGAGACUUUUCUGUUUCCCUGAAAAUACCUUGAUGCAGUUUUGUCAAACUGACUGAUGCGAACUGGAGGUGGAUUCAGUUUUCAAUCUGUGCAACACCAUCUAUCUCUCUACAUGAGGUUCAUAUUGAAUUCAUAUGGGGUUUAUAUUGCAGGUUUUGUAAUUCGUUGUUUUAAAAAACAAAAAAGAAGAGCAAAUCAUCUUUUUGUUAUGCAUUAAGCACUUUCUGCGCUUAUUAUAUGUAUAGAAAUGUAUACAGGUCCUAUACUGUGUUUUACGCGUGUUGUAUGUCAUAAGCGCUAUCUCUCUCUCUCUCUCUCUCUCUCUCUCUCUUUUGUCUGUCUUCUCUCGCUUCUUCAACAACUUACAUUAAGCAUGGCCUUUUAUACGAGUCAAAAUUAUAUAUGCAUUUUAAAAAAGGGGCUGAAUAUGUUUUUGUUUGUUCUUUUUGAGAUCUUAAUAAAGGUUUU